AUGAACGCAGUGAGUAGUGAGCGGGAGCCAGCACUCAAAAAGGAGCGACAGGAGUUGGAUCCACCUAUUACAUUUCCAUACGAACUUGACGCCUUCCAAAAGGAAAGUAUUGAUGCAUUGGAGAAUGGAGACAGUGUAUUGGUUUCAGCGCACACCUCUGCUGGUAAAACUACUGUUGCAUUAUACGCUAUAGCUAAGGCUCUUAGGGAAAAGAAACGCGUUAUUUACACUUCGCCAAUUAAGGCAUUGAGUAAUCAAAAGUUUCGUGAGUUCUCUGAAAAGUUUGACUCGGUCGGUCUGAUGACUGGAGACACAACCAUCAAAUCAGAUUCGGACUGCCUUGUGAUGACUACGGAAAUUCUUCGAAGUAUGUUGUACCGUGGUACAGAAAUGCUUCGUGAAGUCGGGUGUGUUAUUUUCGAUGAAGUCCACUACAUGCGGGACAAAUCUCGGGGAGUGGUAUGGGAAGAAACCAUUAUUCUUCUCCCAGAAGGUUGCCAAUACGUAUUUCUCUCAGCAACCAUACCUAAUGCUCGUGAAUUUUCGUUGUGGGUAGAGAACAUUCACCCGACCACAAAAGUGCACGUUAUUCAUACAAAUUACCGACCUGUUCCUUUACAGCACUAUCUUUAUCCUGCUGGGGCGGAGGGAAUUUACCUCAUUGUAGAUGAAAAGGGAAAAUUUCGUGACGAUAAUUUCAACAAGGCUAUGGUGUCCAUUGGUAGCGAUUCAAAUAUCCCAGGAGCUGCAACCGGGGAGGGUGAUCGCGGACACUCUGCCUCCAGUCCCAAGUCACGAGGUCGCAGCGGAACACAGCCGAUCAUGGAGAUUGUCAAGCUUGUUAUGGACCGAAAUAUGUACCCAGUGAUUGUCUUCUCAUUUGCCAAAUCCGAGUGUGAGCGGAAUGCCCUUGCAUUAUCUCGCCUUAAUUUCAACAAUACUGAGGAGGAUGCGUUGGUAACUGAGGUUUUUAAUAAUGCGAUGGAGUCAUUAGCAGAGGAAGACCGCAAGCUGCCAGCAAUUGAACACUUGCUGCCCCUCCUUAAGCGGGGGGUCGGUAUUCAUCAUUCAGGUCUCCUUCCUAUUUUAAAAGAGGUGGUGGAAAUCUUAUUCCAAGCAGGUCUUGUGAAGGUGCUCUUCUCCACAGAGACUUUUUCGAUGGGCUUAAAUAUGCCAGCACGCACCGUAGUCUUUACUUCUGUAAAGAAAUACGAUGGUGAAAAGAAUCGAUAUUUGACGGGUGGUGAGUAUAUCCAAAUGUCCGGGCGAGCCGGUCGACGCGGCCUGGAUCGUGUGGGUGUGGUUAUUGCCAUGGUAGAUGAGGCGGUCGAGCCAGACACUCUGAAGCAGCUGACGGGCGGCGGGGCGGAUGUUUUGCUAAGCAGUUUUCACCUAACAUAUAAUAUGGUGCUUAACCUGCUUCGGGUGGAAGAUGUUGAUCCCGAGUUUAUGAUGAAGCGAAGCUUUGCUCAGUUUCAGAGACUUUCGAACAAACCCGCCCUAGAGAACACCAAAUCACGACUGCAGGCUGAUAUUAGCAAGAUUUGUGUGCAAAAUGAGGAAGUGCUUCGGCAAUAUACACUUUGCAACACUCUGAUUACGAAGCGAAAAAAGGAGAUCAAUGACGUUAUCCGUCAGCCUAAAUAUCUCAAAAAUUGGAUCCAACCUGGUCGCUUCGUGCGGAUCGUGAGAGAUUCCGAUCAGGCCUGCUUUGGCUGGGGUGUGUGUCGAUCUUUCGCAGCCAAGUCUGCCGGUUCAGCACCGACAGACGCUAGCGCUUUCACCAUUAAUGUGGCUGUUAUUUGCAAGAAAAUUGAUCCCUCUAACCCUGUUUCUAUAACUCCGUGCCACGUUACGGAGUACACGUCUGUAACUGCUGACCUCUACACAUUGGCUUUUGAUUUUUCCGAUAUUGAAUGCCUUUCUACUCUGAAGGCCAACUUGCCUCCCCAACCUGACUCUGAGCAAGGUCGAGCUCUUGUGGUGCAGACCCUUUCCAGACUGCAUCGUGAAUUCGGAGAGGAUAAAAUACCGAGGCUAUCUAUCGCCCAAAUGGGUGUUGAGGACCCGCAGCUUGAAAAGCUCCAGAAUCAGGUCUCCAAUCUCGAGAAGCAAUUAGAAGGAAACGCACUCUACAACAACCCCACAGAGGAAUUACAGGCCGAGUACGAAUUGUAUAAGCAAAAGGCUGAACUCGAAGGCCAGCUGGAAGAGGUGAAUCGUGAGCUUGUCAGCAUGAAUAAGGCUGUUUUUUCCGAAGAACUCAAGCAAAUGAUGCGUGUUUUACGCCGACUAGACUACAUAGACAAGGAAAACAUUAUUCUCAGGAAGUCCCGUAUAGCAUGUGAAAUCACUACGACAGACGAGAAUGAAAUAUUGUUAACCGAACUCCUCUUCAAAGGCGUUUUAAAUUCCAUGGAGACUGAAAUGAUUAUAGCAUUGCUGUCGUGUCUUGUGAACGUCCACCGCAUGCCGGAUGGCUUUUCAUUGCCACAAGAGUUUGAGCAGCCCCUCAAGGAGUUGAAUGAGAUCGUCUCACGCAUUGCAACAGUGUGUGUGGAGAGUGGUUUAACACAGGAAAAGACUGCUGUAGAUAAAGUGAUGCCUUCCCUUAUGGAGGUGACUUAUCUAUGGGCUAAAGGUGCGAAGUUUAUAGACCUGGUUAGCAAGACGACUGCAUAUGAGGGAGAUAUUGUGCGAAUGAUGCGGAGGCUUGAGGAGAUGCUGAGACAGCUAGCCUCUGCGGCGAGGUCACCUGCGAUUGGUAGCAUGGAACUACACGAUAAAUUUAUCAAGGGCAUCCAACUGAUAAAACGUGACAUUGUGUUCGCCUCCUCUUUGUAUUUGUAA